AUGGUUCUUGGAAGUCUUGUUCAGGACACUGGCUACAGUCCCACCAAGAUCAGUGCGCACUGGUGUUGCGUGGACUCGGACGGCCAGUGGCGCGCCGACCCCUCGGUGCUGUGCUCUCCGAUGCCCGCUUCGAACGACCCCUUCGUCCAGCUCCGCACCAGCCUAGAGUCGGAGAUGGAGCAGUAUGGCUUCAACAACAUGGACAAGCUGCGACAGCUGUGGAAACGCUUGGACUUCAACGGCAACAACAUUGUCAGCUUGGCUGAGAUCGACAAGCUGGUUGUCGAGAUGGUUGCUGGCGGCAUGUGGCCCUCGUGGCUCAACAACAAGCCCGCUCUCAUGCGUGCCUACAAGAAGACCAUCCUCAAGGAUGGCGACGGGGACGACUGGGUCACCAAGAGAGAGUUUCACAAUCUGCUGUUGAACAUUUUCUGGUUCAACAAGCUUUGGCAGAUCUUUGAAGUGGUGGAUUCCGGUGACGAUCGCCGCAUCGACGUGAACGAGUUUAUCCGCGGAAUGAGCCAGCUAGGCCUCCACCUGAGCCCUGCCGAGGCGCAGGAACAGUUCAGCAAGAUCGAUUCCAACCACGGUGGCCAGGUUCUCUUCGUGGAGUUCUGCGCGUACGUGCGAGGUCGUGUGCACCCGGAUGGUAACCCAUCCUUCGAUGCUGACAUUAUGUCUGGGGAGAAGUGUACCAAGGUGAUGCGACAGAGCCACGGCAACACAGCCACCAGAGAGCUUAAGGUGACGCGGAAGACGAUGGGUGCCUUUGAUACCGUCGAGAAGAAGUUCAAAGGCAUCCUCACGGACCUGGGCAAACUCCGGUCGCUGUGGCAUCGGAUCGACUUCAAUGGCAACAACAUUGUGUCCCUUGCAGAGAUUGACAAGCUCGUUGUCGAGGAGUUCCCGGUGCUGAACCAUAAGCCUGCAUUGAUGCGAGCGUAUAAAGCUGCCAUCCGAUCCGAUGGAGACAGCGACGCAUGGGUUGAGAAGCACGAGUUCAAGAAGCUGUUGGGCUACCUGAUCUACUUCAACAAGCUCUUCUGGGUCUUCGAGAGUUGCGACGGUGAUCGGGACAGGCGGCUCACCUACAAUGAGUUCAAGUGGUGUCUCAACACGGCCGGUGCAAGGAUGUCGGAGAACGAGAUCCGCAGCGAUUUCAGCAAAGUGGAUCGUAACGGUGGAGGAAUUAUCUUGUUCGACGAAUUCUGCAAGUACUUCACCAUGAAGUCAUGCCCGGAGUGCUUGACUGAGAUGGCGCAGUGA